AUGAACGACCUCUUCUCGUCGGGGUCGUUCAAGAAGUACGCGGACCUGAAGCAGCAGGUGGUGCUGGACGACCUGGAGGCCAGCGGCGGCGGCGGCGAGGCCGAGGGCCCGGACCUCGACCGGUUCUUCGAGGACGUGGAGGCCGUGAAGGAGGACCUGCGCGGGCUGGAGGCGCUGCACCGGCGCCAGCGGGCGGCGCACGAGGAGGGCAAGACCGCGCACGACGCCGGCGCCGUGAAGGCCCUCCGCGCCCGCACGGACGCCGACGUCGGCCAGGUGCUCGACCGCGCCAACGCCGCCAGCCGCAGGCUCCCCGGCUGCGGGCCCGGGUCCUCCACCGACCGCACCCGCACCUCCGUCGUCACCGGCCUCGGCAAGAAGCUCAAGGACCUCAUGGACGACUUCCAGGGCCUGCGGGCGCGCAUGGCGGCGGAGUACAAGGAGACGGUGGCGCGGCGGUACUACACGGUGACCGGCGAGACGGCGGAGGACGGCACGGUGGAGGCGCUCAUCUCGUCGGGCGCCGGCGAGACGCUCCUGCAGAAGGCGAUCCAGCAGGGGCAGGGGCAGGCCGGCGCCGGGCGCGGGCAGCUGCUGGACGCGGUGUCGGAGAUCCAGGAGCGGCACGGCGCGGUGCGGGAGAUGGAGCGCAGCCUGCGGGAGCUGCACCAGGUGUUCCUGGACAUGGCGGCGCUGGUGGAGGCGCAGGGCCACCAGCUGAACGACAUCGAGAGCCACGUCGCGCGCGCCAGCUCCUUCGUGCUCCGCGGCGCCGUCGAGCUCGAGACCGCGCGGGAGUACCAGAAGGGCAGCCGCAAGUGGGCGUGCGUCGCCGUCGUGGCCGGCGCCGUGCUCGUCGCCGUCAUCGUGCUGCCCAUCGUCAUCAACCUCCACCUCCUGACCGUCAGAUAG